UAAUCGCAGCACACAUUACCACGCGCCCGAAAGAAAUUGUGCGUAAAUCGGGAAGAAUAGAAUAGAAAAGAAUAGAUUUAUUCUGAAUAGUGCACAGUAAAUUUAGUGAACAUCGCAUCAGAAUGGUUCAGAAAUCGUCGGGAUUCGUCGGCUUCUUCAAAAACAUAUACUACGAUGAGUAUAAAUGGGCUCUAGUGAAGAGUGCAUCACUGUUCGUCGUCGGCGUGCGAUUUGCUCAGGAAUGUGUCGGUCUGGAACUAAUGCCAUCCGUAGCCCAUUGAAGGAAGAUAAUUGAAUAAUAGUGUAACAGUACUUUAACAAUAAAUCCUUGUUGUAUGAUGGCGUAUCCCAGACUUGUAAGCAUUUUGUUGAUUGUGGGUUGUGGUUGUUCUUUGGUUA